UGUGGCAGGGACCAUGUCUUGUCUCGCUGGAAGCCAUGCAGGGAAGUUCCUGGCAUGCGACACAAGGAUGCUUUCUGGGUGACGCUCCUGCUUCUUUACUUCCAAGCCGAAUCCUCUGCCCUGCAACUGAAUGGUGUUCUGGGUGAAUCCGUCACUUUCCAGAUCAACGAAUCAAAACCAUUUGCAACCAUUUCCUGGAGGACGGAGAAAAAUGGCAGAUUCAGGACCCUCGCUGUGGUGGCCCCAGGGAAGCCCUGCAAGCUUUUCAUACCCCUCGCAGCACUUAAGGACCGCCUGAACUCCACCAGGGACUGCCGGAACCUGCAGCUCAGCCGUCUAGGCCGAGAGGACAUUAACAGAUAUACGGCGAACAUCAUUUUAACAACAACUUCGGAGUCAGUGGAGGAGCACUUUGACCUGAAAGUUUAUAAACGCUUAAAGCGCAAGGACCUGUCCAUCAAGUGCACAAUCGAUAGAGGUCGGAGAAAAUUGUUGCAGUUGAACUGCUCGGUGAAGCGAUGGAAGGACCAGCUGGACCUGCAAUGGUUUGUGGCAGACGAGAUCGUCUCUCAGGUCACCCGUGAAAAUGUGCUUACCAUCAAUUACACCAACCGAGAGAUCUUUGACCAGGAGGUCAGCUGCAAGGCAAAAAACCCCGUUAGCCAGGUAUCCAAAACUAUGACACUCAGAGAAGCGUGUCCAAGACACCAGAGAUACGUGAAAGUAACGGAGAUGAUGUCUGGAUUCAUCUCUGCUGGUCUUUCUAUGCUUACUGGCAUCGUUAUUGCGUUCAUCAUAUUGCUGGGCAAAUGCCUGGCCAGGCCUCAGCGGAUUCCAGGCCCCCCUUUGCCCAUCACUUCCCAAGCAGCCUGGCCGAACGCACAAAACCCUCCUGCUCCACUGCAGCGGCCACCUGGAUGGGAGAGAUGAGCCCAAAGAGCUGCGAGGAGGGGGCUUCCCAUAUGAACAAAGUAAUAAACAUUCACAUAGCUUCUUCCAAGGAUGCCACAUCCCCUGGUGUCCUAACUCUGGUUUUUCUUUUCUGAAACAGAGCUUGUUCUUUCUAUAAGCUAG